AUGUCUUUGGGUUGGAAUUUGACGAAAUCAGGAAUGUUACCAAGCAAAAAUGAAGAGCCCAUUCCCCUACUAGAGACCCAACCCCAAUCUUCAUCUUCAUCAGCCGAGGCAGCCCCAAUCUUCAUCUUCUCUCUUCCUCCAUCUCUCUCUCUGCCAUCCCAAUCUUCAUCAGCCGAGGCAGCCCCAAAAGGGAGCCACUGCAAAAGGAAGAAUCUAAACGAGUGGAGCCACUACAAAAGGCUCACAUUAGGCAGCUUGAGGACUUCCUUAAGACCUUUCAUAUCGAAACAUUGUGCCAAUGAUGGGGUCAGAAUUAUGCUUGCCACUGGUAUAUUCAGAGCUCUCAAAGAAGUACAUGAAUUUUGUGCUGAAAGAAGGGGAUUAAUUACAAAACAAAUUGAAAGAAGAUUAUUUGUUGCUAUGACAAUGUCCAAACCAAACCAAACCAAAUUAAACCAAGCCUUAAGUCUCAUUGCUAUGACAAUGUCAUUGCAAAAAAUUGUGAAGCAUGCAAUUAUCACUCUUAAACAUGGGUUUGUUGAGUUUUUUUGGUAUUGUUCAAAUUGA